UAAUGGAAUUUUUAGGGCUAGAAAGCGAGCGAGGUCUGGCGCUGCGCAUAGCAGUCGUGCCAUCGGGAAAAGACAAUAUCAGCAGCGCGCAGGAGAGAUCCGUCACAGCCCCGGAGCCACAACAACACACGAAGCGAUCGAGUGGCUGCUUUCACUCCGAAUAAAGAGGAUAUACAGGAUUGGGGGGUGAAUUCAAAUAAGGAUCAGCUGAUUUCCUCAUGUUUGGAUGCGCCUGGUCAACAGUCGUUAAUGCGUAACGCUCCACACUCCCUCAAGUGAGGGUGUAGAAUGGAAACGACCCUCUACCCAGGCUCCGAUCACACUCCCAGGGUCUCCGGCAACUACUCCCAGAGAACCAUGAUGAAGAAGGAAAUCAACCUGAACCUGGACCAGAACCCCGAGCUCAAAUCCAACCCGCUCCGAGACGCAGACGGACUCCUCAACUCACCGGAUCUGGGACUCCUGAAGCUCACCUCCCCGGACCUGGAGCGCCUGAUCAUCCAGUCCAACGGGCUGGUCGCGGCCAGUGCCAACCCCGCGUCCCAGUUCCUCUACCCGAAGUCCGCCAGCGACGAGCAGGAGUUCGCGGAGGGCUUCGUCAAGGCGCUGGAGGACCUGCACAAGCAGAACCAGCUGAGCGAGGCGGGCUGCGUCUCCGUGGACAGGCUGGAGCUGCUCGCCUCCUCCAACGCGGUGGGCGCCGCCGGGCUCCAGAACUCGGACCUCCCCGUGUACACCACGUUGAACGGCUACGCUGCCAGUCCGCUCGGGGGCACCACCAUCAACUACUCCACGGACACCAUCCCCUUCCCUCCGCCGCCGUCCCAUCUGAGCAGCGCGGCGCAUCAACACGCGGCGGCCGUGGCGGCUCUGUCGCGACUCCAGUCCUCCGGCGGAGUGAAGGACGAGCCUCAGACGGUGCCGGACAUGUCGAGCUUCGGGGACAGCCCGCCGCUGUCUCCCAUCGACAUGGACAACCAGGAGCGCAUCAAGGCGGAGAGGAAGAAGCUGCGGAACCGGAUAGCCGCCUCCAAGUGCCGCAAGAGAAAGCUGGAGCGGAUCUCUCGGCUGGAGGACAAGGUCAAGUCCCUGAAAACGCAGAACACUGAGCUGGCGUCCACAGCCAGUGUCCUCAGGGAGCAAGUGGCCCAGCUGAAGCAGAAGGUGAUGAACCAUGUCAGCAGUGGGUGCCAGCUUUUACCAAACCAGGUCCAGGCUUACUAGACCUGUGGUGCUCCUUUCUAACCAGCUCUGAAUCUCUUCUGAGGAUGAUGAACAUUUGCCUUUUGUAACUUAAAAUCCUCUUUAAAGACUCCAUGUGAGGCCAAUGCCCCCUGCAGAUGGGAGGCAGUGCCUGAGAGACCUUUGCAUUUUGCAUUGUACAGAGAAGAACAGGCCCUGAUGGGAGCCGAGCUGCAGGUCACCUGGAACAUGUCAGGUGGGCCAGCAGCAGCAGCAGGUAGGAGCUGCAGCCUCCUCUCAGACAGCAUCUGACAGUGUUAUGCUGCAAACAGACUUCUAUUGUUGCCCUAAUCCUUUUUCUUUGAGGGGGAAGCCAUGUAGCAAAGUGCUAUCCAGUGGACUGAUGUGCAUAUAUGAUGUGUGUGUGUGCGUGUGUGUGUAAGCUGGACAAUCUCAACAAAGAGUGCAACCAAACACCAGGGUGUCACCAAGUGCUGUCACCCGCUGUGUAAUAUAAUGCCUUACUUGUUUACAAGCACUUAGCAAUGACAAAUAUAUAUAUUUUUUAUUUACUGAAACAUUUCUUAUUUUGCAUAUGGUCUUAUCCCCCGUUGUUGCUCAUUUAUAAUUUUUUUGAAAAAAAAAGGAAAAACACUGCAUGUCCUGUCGCUUUUUCGUGUACAGUAACCGUUGUAUUUUUAUCGUCAUGGUGGCCGCUGUGUAGUUCUUCAGUCACCAGACUCCCAUGAAUGUAUGUGUACGUGCUGACAAACCUUAUGUAUCCAUGUGUAAGGGACUUUCAAGUCUCUACCUGACAUUUAUUAAAUUCACUACAUUAUUACACUUAACGUGUUUUGUUUCUAUAACAGGAAGAAGGGACACUUUGAGGGGACUAAUGUGACAUUUAAACCUUGCCUACACUGUGGGAGUUGCAUUUAAGUGCAGUAGAGAAGCUCAACAAAACCGUAGAUGGUCAAACUUCUCUAAAAGGCAGAAAACAAGACAUUAUUGUAGUGUCAUGCCCUCUGGUGGGCACAAUAAAAUCUACUCUGAACCAUU